AUGACGGAUAUCGACGAGCGGGUGGGUCGUGCCGGAAGUCAACCCCGCUUCCAAUCGAUCGAUUUGCAGCAAGCUACGUUAGUUGUUUGCUUGGUUUUUGCCAAAAAACAGGGAAAAAAUCCAGAGACCCGCUGUCAAAGUUAAUAAGCGAUUUCGAGCACACCGGAAUUCUUGACGAUCGGGAUUUGCUUGAAUUGCUUCGAAAAGUGGAGCAGAACAAUCCGGAACGGUGUACGAAAGCGCCAAAGUUCGUCGCACAGCUUCUGACCCAUAAAAAUGCGGAAAUUCGGAAAUCGGCGUUCAAAAGUGCGCUCACGAUCCUUUCGCACGAGCAAAACGUUCGUUUUAUCGAUCUCAGGGAAGUUAAGCUUUUGAAAACGUGUUUUUCAGCCCCGUCAAAUGCUUCUGGACGCCUACCGUCUCGCCUUGUGCUGUUCGGACCGCCACGUGGCUCAAUAUGCGUUAUCUCUGCUCCCGAACUUUGUCGACACCUGCCCAGGUUUUUGAAACCUUAAAACGACCCAUUUUCAUACAUUUUUUUUCUUACAGAAGAAGCAAAUAAUUUGAUAAAGUUUGGAUCGCUGGCCUACAACAAAAUGCCGGCGCCGUCAACCGAUUCGGAAAUGUACCUGGCGCGGGCGGUCACAAAAGCGUCGCAAUGA